UGGCGGGGAGUUGACUCCGUCAUCACGUGACCAAUCACGGGCGCUGGGCAACGAGGCGGGCCACUGACGUUUGCAGCGACGUCCGGCGUUUCUGGCUCCGGCAGGCUACGUGGCCAAUGGCAGACUGCUGCACUGGGAGAAAUAUUGCUACAAUCUAUCUGUAUGUUUCACUUCACAGCUUCUAUCCAUCAGACUGCCGUUUUACUUACAUUGUAGUCAUUUCUCACAGGAAUCCAUCUGCAGGCUUUUGUGUGUCGAAGGAUAUUGUUCCAUAUAAUGGCUCAGAUGUUGCUGCCAACAUCAAAACGAUGACACCCACUUGCACCAAAGAAAGAUGUCCAUAAUGAAGUAACAUUACGUACCUUCUGAUGAGAACUUAAUUCUGAGGCAACCUGCAAGAUGACCUCAGCAGAUGUGAAUAACGCUGAAAGCAUGUUAGUGCUCAAUAACGUGGUCUUGUGUGACAUGAAAAGCGAUAAAUAUUCUCCAAUUAUUUUAGAAAGGCAAGAAAAGGAACCACUAGAUGUGAAGGCGUGUGCAGUAAAAAAGCUGAAGAAGCAUUUAUCAUGUACGCCAGCAAAAGCAAAAGACUUACUUGUUGACUUAUUUCCUAUAAUACGAUGGUUUCCAAAGUAUAAAUGGAAGAAAUGGAUUUUGGGGGAUAUUAUGUCUGGGCUAGUUGUAGGUAUCUUGAUAGUUCCCCAAUCAAUAGCCUACUCAUUGCUUGCUGGGCAGGAUCCAGUAUAUGGGCUUUAUACUUCAUUCUUUGCCUGCAUCAUCUACUCUCUGAUGGGAACAUCAAAGCACAUCUCCGUUGGCAUCUUUGGUGUGCUUUGCUUAAUGAUUGGCCAGGUAGUGGAACGAGAGCUGCAGUUUGCUGGGUUUGACAUUUCUGAUGAUAUUAAUACCACUGCUCUGCCCAACCAGGCCGCAAACGUUUGUGGAAGAAGCUGUUUUGCCAUUCGUAUUGGCUCAACUUUGACAUUCAUGGCUGGCAUAUACCAGGUGGCCAUGGGCAUCUUCCAAGUCGGUUUUAUAUCGGUGUAUCUGUCCGAUUCUUUGCUAAGUGGAUUUGCCACUGGAGCCUCGUUCACCAUAAUCACCUCACAAAUUAAGUACAUCCUUGGGAUCCGUAUUCCACGUGUCAAUACUCCUGGUUCACUUGUGAAAACUUGGGUGCACAUUUUUAAAAACAUCCAUGAGACUAAUAUCUGUGAUCUUGUAACCAGCAUAUUGAGCCUUCUGUUUUUGGUACCGAUAAAGGAAAUAAAUGAAUGCUAUAAACAAAAGUUGAAAAUGCCAAUUCCUGGUGAACUUCUGGUAGUAAUUAUUGCUACCUUAAUCUCGCAUUUUGGACAAUUGAAUGCAAAGUUUAAUUCUACUAUUGCUGGAGACAUACCCACUGGAUUCAUAGCUCCCACCUCUCCAGACUGGAGCUUGAUACCUCGAAUUGCUAUAGAUGCCAUUCCAAUUGCCAUCAUUGGCUUUGCAAUCACAGUUACUCUGUCGGAAAUGUUUGCCAAAAAGCACGGAUACACAGUGAAAGCAAAUCAAGAAAUGUUUGCUAUUGGGGCUUGUAAUGUGAUCCCAGCAUUUUUCCAUUGCUUUACAUCCAGUGCAGCCCUAGCAAAAUCUCUUGUUAAAGAGUCCACAAGCUGCAAGACACAGUUAUCUAGUUUGGUCACUGCAUUGGUGCUUCUCCUUGUGCUGCUUGUGAUUGCUCCUCUUUUCUAUUCCCUUCAAAAAUGUGUCUUGGCUGUCAUAAUAAUUGUAAAUCUCAGGGGAGCUCUAAGAAAAUUUCUUGAGUUACCUAAAAUGUGGAACACGAGCAAGGUGGAUACUGUUGUGUGGUUUAUUACAAUGUUAGCGACAGCGCUCGUCAGCACAGAGUUGGGUCUGUUGAUAGGGGUGUGUUUCUCUGUGAUCUGUGUGAUUGUACGGACACAAGUGCCAAGAACCACUGUACUUGGCCAUUUGAAGGGGACAGAAAUUUAUGAAGACCUGAGGAAGUAUAGAAAUCUGCAAAGUUUACCCGGGAUUAAAAUUUUUAGAUUUGAGGCUCCGUUAUACUAUGCAAACAAGGAAUUGUUCAAGGAGGCUCUGUAUAAACAGACAGGAAUUAAUCCCACUCUGGUAGUAUUAGCAAGGAAAAAAGCAGAAAAGAAAAACAUCCGAGAACUGAAGCAAAAACAGACAGCACAUUCUCAAGCUGGGGUGAAACCUGAAGUUACACUGCAGUUGUCCUAUGGAUAUCAAGAGUUUGAUAUCCAUACAAUUAUCAUUGAUUGCUCAGUAAUUCAAUUCCUGGAUACCGCAGGCAUAGCUACAAUGAAGGAAGCCUUCAAAGAUUACAAGGAAAUUGGAAUUUUGGUUCUUCUCUCGAACUGCAAUGCCUCUGUCAUUGAUAGUCUUCGCAAUGGGAACUAUUUUGAUAAUGGUUACAUCAGUGGCUUGUUAUUUUAUAGUGUUCAUGAUGCUGUCAAGUUUGCUUCAAAUGUACACCAAAAAAAUGGUGACUGUGAAGCAAACACUCCAUGUUAAUGUUUACUUGUGAUCCUUUAAUUAAAAUAUUUUUAAAAACGCACAUCAUCAUUUGAGCUUGAGAAUUGAGUCGUUUGAAAUGAAUCUGGAAUCAUUUAUAUUGUAUCAAAUAGUUUUACAUGCAAUCAUGGAAUGUUUUUAUGUGUACAUUUGUAAUCUUGGAUAUCUUUUUUAAAAGUUGAAUUAAAAUCAUGAGGACAUAUCAGCAUUAUUGUUAGAACUGUGCUUAAAUUAAUCUAAUUUUCUGUUGAAUGAUGAGCAAUAUUUUGAAUACAGGUACUUUUAAUUUUAGAAGUUUAAUAUUUUUAAAUGUUUUCACACUAGGAUGUUAAAUAGAAGAACAGAUUUUAUGUAAGAUGUUUAAUCAGAAAAUGCUUCACAGUAGAUUUUACUGAACUGUCUUAUUGGCGAAGUAUAGUUAGAAACGUAAUGAUCUAUUUUUCUUUUUAACUCAAUGUCUUAUUAUAUUGAGAAAGUUUUAUUUGAGAGUGGGAUCAUUGGUUUAAUGAUAUUCAGUCUUUCUGAAAAUCAGUAAAUUCUGAAUUACAAAACUACAGCGCAGUGGUAGAGUUGCUCCUUACAGUGCCAGAGACCCGGGUUCGAUCCUGACUAUGGGUGCAGAGUUUGUACGGAGUUUGUAUGUUCUCCCCAUGACCACAUGGGGUUUCUCCGGGAUCUCCAGUUUCCUCCCACAUUCCAAAGAUGUACGGUUUUGUAGGUUAAUUGACUCCGGUAAAUUGUCCCUAGUGUGUAGGAUAGUGUUGGCUUACAGGGAUCACUCUUUGGCACAGAUUAGGUGGGCCAAAUGGUCUGUUUCCACACUGUAUCUCUAAACUAAAUUAAACUAAAUGAGGAAUUUUACUAAUUCCAAAAUAGUAACACCGAGAAAAAUCUUUGAAAGUAUAGAUAAUCUGUUUUAGCAGAAGUAACAAACCACCUUUAAAAUAAUGAUUUUUUUUGAGUAAAUAACUAUAAAUGUUUUGAAAAUUAAAAAUAAGCUAGAACACUUAACACAGUUAAUUAAAAAAAAAAAGCCAGAUUUUAUUAGCAAAUCGUCUUCCUCCUUCAUUUUGCUAAUGUGAUCUUGGCUUACCUUCAUUCCACCAAUGAAAGACAAAACAGUAUUUUUCCCCAUAAUUAUAUAUUGUCUCUUGAAAGGAAGAGUCCAGCAGGGAACCGCAGUCAGUGAAUGGGUGACUGAGUGUACCAUGUAAAUUUGGUACUGUUGUGUUUGGUAAGCCUCCCCCAAAGAGAGGGGCGGUUAAGUGGCGCAGCGGUAGAGUUGCUGCCUUACAGCACCAGCGACCGGGAUUUGAUCUUGACUAUGAGUGCUUUCUGUGCGGAGUUUGUACGUACUCCCUGCAACUGUGUGGGUUUUCUCUGGGCGAUCCGGUCUCCUCUCACAUUCCAAACACCAACAGGUUUCUAGGUUAAUUGUCUUUUGUAAGUUGUCCCUCGUAUGUAGGAUAGAACGACUGUACGGGUGAUUGUUGGUCUGCAUGGACUCAGUGGACCAAAGUGCCUGUUUCCAAGCGGAAUCUCUAAACUAAAAUUAUCCCAAGGAAUAUGUUAAUUAUUGUAUGAAAAUCCUGACCUAUAUCAUAGCAUUAACAGCAUAUUUAUAAUUAGCCUUUAAUAAAAUCCUUCAUUGUCCUCAUUGCUUAAAUUGGGAAAUAUGUCAAUUUACAGUUAAAUCAGUUGGUUGUUUACAGUAUGUAGAUGUACAUUCCAGUGAUAGUUGAUGUGUAUUGUCAUCCAACAAUUUAGAAAAUUGCAGAUUUAUCACUACAUGAUUGCCUUGUUACUUUUCCUGCCAUAUUUUGAGGAGAUUACAACAUCCCAGCAGUAUUACAGAAGACCAACAUUCCAGAAUUUUGUAGCUCUGAUGAAGCUGUGCUGGGACAGUUACAAUUAUAGUUACACUCAACCUAACAAUGUGAAACAAAUACCCUGGGAAGAUCUGCUCCUGAGUAGCAGGAUGAAUCCAAUCUAAACUAUUACAUUGAUCUCUACAUUCUUGAUUUAGUUUUUCCUGUUAUUUAUAUUGGUGUCGUUUUUGUUUUUUUUUAAUGCACUCUAAGUUGUUGUAUUUUUCCCCCAAAAAAAGUCUGUAGCUCUACUGAACAAUGAGAAAUUGUAGUUCAGUUCUCAAUUGCAGAUGAUUUUGAACAACGCAACUUGAAUAAUAUGAAAGAAUAUUAAAUUACUUGUAUAACUAUUUUAAUAUAUUUUAUUGAACAGCUGAUUUGUCUGAUUAGACGGGUGAUUUAAAUUUGAAUAUAGUUAUGAUAGCAGAAGUAUUUAUUUAGAUCCAUUGUUCUGAUAAUUCAAUGAAGUGGAUCCAAAAUGAUGGCACAAAUUAAUGAAAUGUACAUAGAUAUUUAAAAAUCUUGAUGAUACUGCUGAUUCUGAAAAUAAAGAUCAACUGUUUAAUUUAUUUUGGACAGAGAAAUAAGUCGUAUAAGCCUAUAAGAUUCUCUAAGUGGUUGAAAUUAAUUAUUUCAUAAUGGAAAUAUUCUUAUUAGACGUUCUAUAUAUGUGUAAAUGCAUUUUUAAAAUGACUAAUUUCACCUUAUGCCUUUCAACAAAUUUGAUUUUCUAAAAGGAAUGGACAUUUAACAUUUAUGUAAUUGCAAUUAAAUGUAAAGCCUUGAUUUUAAGAUAUUGACAAAUUGGAAGUAUUAAUAUGUGCUUUCAAAAAAUGCUUAUCCACUUUAUAGAAGACAACUUCAAAAAUAGACAAAGGAAAGUUGUAAUAUUUUCUACUUUUUUUAACAUGUUAUUUUGUUAACCUUUUAUUGAAGGACCAAAACAAUGACAUUGUCUACCUUAUUGAUGGCAUUUUAGUCAUGUAACAUGGCCUUUUUGUGGUAUGUGGAAAUAAUAUUUCAUAUUGACAUACAUUUUGAUAUAAUUACAAAAGUGUUGAGCAACCUUUAACAAUUAUACUUUUCAUCCCCAGAAUUAAAAUUCUGGUUGCAAAGUCUUGAGUUACAAAGUACUGGACCUAGUGAAAAUUUGCAGUUUCAAAUUUAUGAUAUCAUGCAAAAUGUGGCUGCACAUUUUAGGUACACAGAAAAUGAUAUAUUUCACAAAAGACCAUUUAGCCAAUCAUGUCUGUGCAGAAGGUGGAGAAGAAAUACCCAUCUUAAUUCCUAUCAGUGCUAUAUCUUGUAGCCCAGAAAUAUAUGGCUCUUCAUGUACACUUCCAUGUACUUAGAUAUUUUCGCCAUACCACCCUUCUGUUCUUGGGUAGCGAGUUCCCAAUCCCUAUCACCUUCUGGGUGAAAAAUAGUUUUCUUCAUCUUUACUCCUACCAAUUGUAUUAAAUCGUUAUCAUUAAUGUUUUGAACCUUCUGCAGAGGUAAUCUCAUAAUUUGGUACUCUUCAACUACUCUCCCUAGUUUUCAGUUCCAAAGAAAAUGGCACUAACCCAAGUACCUUUCCUACCAGAAUAAAUCACCUGAGCACCUUCUCCUAUGAAACAUUUUUCCUAUAGUAUUCCUAUCGUUCUUUGUCACAGCAGUAAUUGUUGCUUUAACCAAUUUUGUCUUUCCUUUCUUUAUCUCACUUUCUGAUCUGAGAAAGUUGUCCUAAAGAAUAUUAAACUGCCUUUCCUGUCCCUCUUUAAAUCAAAAUUCAUGGCUAGAAUAUCACACUUGUAUGUGUCAUUGUCAGUUGGGCCUUUAAUCCUCUUGCCAAGUUAAUUUAAACCCGCCCCAGAAGCACUAGCCUGUAAGGAUAUUGGUCCUGAUCCAUCAGAUCCCACCUUCCCCAGAAUUGGCCGAUCCUUUAUCUCCUGAGCAAAAAAACAAAACUCUGAAGUCUAUGGGUCUGAUGAAGGAUUCCGUCCCAAAACGUCGAUUCUCCAUUUCCUCCAGAGAUGCUGCCAGACCUGCUGAGUUCCUCGUGCUUUUUUUUUUUUUGCUCAGGAUUCCAGCACCUUCAGUUUCUUAUCUCCAUCCUCUAUUUUGAUCUCAGUAAUAUGGCACAGGGAGUAAUCAAGACAUUGCUACCUUUUCAAUCCUUAAAUUAACCUGAAGUACCUGCACCUUUUCUCCAUUGAUGCUGCUGCUACUGAUAAAGAUCAUACAUUCUGCUUGUUCAUUUCUCCCAUAUUAUGUGGCUUCUCAGUAAUAUUCUUGGUACCAAGGAGGCAACUAUCAGUCCUGUUUUCCCACUGAAUCCUUGUAAACUUGAGCCACUAAUGAUUUUACUGAUGUUGAAUUUCAUGUGGUUAAUUAUAUUUUCAAGUUUAUCAACUGAAUAAUUAAACUUGGUAAUGUUUUUGUCCGUUCCAAAGUUUUAUACAUUCAAAUUUUUAAAUAUUUGCUUAAUACAUCUGGGUCUACAAAGUGUAUUGUUACUCUUCAACUGUUAGUAUGUAUGUAUCCUUCGAAGAUUUUCUAAUACAGCCAUAUUUUUAAAUUUUGCUUAGUUGUUAACCUCUGAAAUAACGUGAUGUUCUUGUUUUCUUUUUAUUCUUGCUAUUAAACAAUGUUUCCAGUGUAUUUGAUCUAAAAAUAAUGUAUGUCCCAUUGUCGGCUAAAGAUUGCUGCAUAACUGCACAUCAGUUAGUUUAAUGUUAAUGUACCAUAGGUUCAGAGAGCAAGGUUCAUUCUCGACCUUAUGCUCUGUGACGAGAAUGCACUUUAAUCCAUGACGAUAUGAGUUUCUACUUGGUUCCUUUGUGUCAUCCCACAUCCCAAAUACACGCUGUUUAGUUAAUUGGCCCCUUGGUAUAGUUAAUGGUAAAUUAGACAUCAAAAUGGACUUGAUGGGCAUGUAUGGCCGAGAAUAUAUUGCAGGAUACAGAGAAAUAAAAAGAGGGGAAGUGGGGCUGAAGGGAUUGCUCUCCUGGGAGCUACUAUGGACAAAAUUGUGUUGAUAUAAAAAUAAUAUUAUUUUGCCCAAUGCUAUUUAGUUUGCCUUAUGCUUAGUGCCCUUUGUUAGAUUAUGCAGGUGUCCUUGAGACUCUUGAAAGGCGCCCAUAAAUAAAAUUAAUUAUUAUUAUUAAACUUAUUCUGGCAGUUUCCAAGUUCAGUGAGAGCAUUGUUUCUUUUAUUUCUAGUAAACUGCUAUAAAAAUAAGCCUUAUUGUACAACCGUAUUAGUUCAUCUGAAGAUAUAAGUACAUAAGAAGCAAGAAUAGGCUAGUCACACCCAUACCCAAAAGCCCUGUCUGCUUUUUUUCAUUAAAACAUGCUUAAUCCAGUCCUGAGCUAAACGUCCCUUCUUGCUCACUCCUCGUACCCCUUGACUCCAUUGUAGUUUAUAUGGCUGUCAUUUUCCACUUUGAAUAUAUCCAAUGAUUCCAUCUUCACAAACUCUCUGGGUUGGCGAGUUUUACAGAUUUAUAUAACUCCUUUUCAUCUCCAUUGGAAAUGGGCGAACCCGUAUUAUAAAAUGUCGUGGCCUAGUUAUUGAUAUCUCCACCACUUAUUACUUCUUGCCAGUUGUCAUGUAAUAGCCUAUGUGGUAUAAUAAUGUUUGGAAAGCUGCCAAAAUGUAAAUCGAGAUAUCUACCAGUUUGAAAAGUUUAUUUGAAUGCUACUCAAUUUAAACUGCCCUUGUGAAGCAGGAUUUGUAUAAUUAAGGCAUUCUGUCAAUACUUUGUUUUGUAUAAUUUCUUGUAAAAUCAUACUGUUCUAUGUGAGCCUUAACUUUUACAUAUACAUUUUUAAAAUAAGCUUAAUUCUGUUACUUUGUCAAAUUGUGCCAUGUUUAGUGUACAUAAUAGUUCUAUUAUUGAUGGUUGCUAAAACAAAUUAAAAAUAACUUGUUUGGAAACAGUUUUAAUUUGUGUUAUUGUUUUAAACACCU